GCAGAUUCAUUCUCUCGCACCCACAGUCACACUCAUCCUUGGUCGGCAGAAGUCUCCAGCUCCGGCCGGCCGGUUCCAGUUGCCGAUAAACGUGACUCAGUGUUGGAGAGCAAAGUUUCUCCUCUCGGUACUUGUUGAAGUUUCACUCUGUGAUCAGUUUCAAGUGUGUGCGACUGAGGGGGUUUCCAGCCCACAUGGCUGCGUGCUGGCGAUUUCUGCCUUGUUGCCGCUGUUCCUGCUGUCUAACGGAGGAUGAGAAGGUGGCGUUUGACAUCAACAAAAAGAUCAACCAGGCGUUGCAGCAACAGAAGAAGAGACGGAAACGUGAACUGAAGCUCCUGUUGCUGGGCACUGGAGAAAGUGGCAAAAGCACAUUCAUCAAACAAAUGAGAAUUAUUCAUGGGUCUGGAUAUUCUGAGGAAGACCGAAAAGCCUUUGCAAAGUUGGUCUACCAGAAUAUAAUCACCGCAAUGCAGUCUAUUACAAGAGCAAUGGACACCUUGAAUAUACAAUAUCAGUAUCAAGAAAAUAAGGAACAUUCUCAAGUGAUAAAGGAAUUGGAAGCUUAUAAAAUCACUAUCCUAGAAAGACAUCAUGCAGAUAUAAUUAAAAGUUUAUGGAAUGAUUCAGGAGUAAGGAUCUGCUAUGAACGGCGCCGAGAGUACCAAUUGCUUGACUCGACAAAUUAUUACCUGAAUGACAUUGAUCGCAUUGCAGCCAGUGAUUACAUACCAACAGAUCAAGACGUGCUGCGGGUCCGAGUACCAACGACAGGCAUUAACGAGUAUUCAUUUAAUAUGCAUAAAGUAUGCUUGAGAAUAGUCGAUGUUGGAGGACAGAAAUCUGAAAGAAGAAAGUGGAUCCACUGCUUUGAGAAUGUCAUGUCAGUUAUAUUCCUGGCUUCUCUCAGUGAAUAUGAUCAAGUCCUAGAAGAAAGUGAGAAUGAGAAUCGAAUGAGGGAGAGCCUCGCUCUGUUUCAUUUUAUUUUGAAGUCCAAGUAUUUUCCAACUUCAUCAAUAAUUCUUUUCUUGAAUAAAAUGGAUAUUUUGAAGGAGAAGAUUCUUACCUCACACUUAGCAGACUAUUUUCAUGAAUUUAAAGGGUCAAAAGGAAAUGCAGAGGCUGCCAUGGAAUUCAUCCUUCACAUGUAUCAGAGAGAGGAUGAGCAAAAUAGAAGAAUCUACCAUCACUUCACCUGUGCCACAGACACAGAAAACAUCCGCAGAGUGUUCAUGGAUGUGAGGGACACAAUCUUGAUGAAGACCCUGGCUGAGCUGGAUUUGAUGUAGAAAGACUCAACAAAACCAUAGAAAAAAAAUGCACUGGAAGUGUAGUAGCCCUGACAAAAGUGUAGACUUUAACUUCCUCUGCACAAAAUAGAUGUAAAGUGGCAAAAUUCCACAACAUCCAUCCUAGAUGUUUCCAUCCAUGACAUAGAGUUCUUCAACAUCUCAACUGGUGAACCAGGUUUUGAAAAGUACAACUUCCACAUUAAUAAAUGAGUGAACAAACUAAAAGCUUUCAGGAGGUCUUUCCUGGAUGACAUUUAUGUGUCCCUGCACACAGUUCCCUGGAAAUGCUGGGAAUAAGCAGAAUAUUAACUAAAAAUAAGCCAAUGAGUAAUGGUCAAAUAAUGAAGAAACUGUCAUUGUUGCUCAGAUGGAUGUUCAACAUCAGACUUUGAAAUUUGCUUCUAAAACCAGGGUUGCUUCAUUGAUAUUCCACAUCAUAAUCUACACAGAUACUGACUGUUCCCAGAAUUAGUCUAUCUAAGGUAAAGUGGUGUCAGAUGUAGGGGACAUCACGAUUCUGGUGCAUAAGAAUGAAGGGGAGCAUCAUUUGCCAGUAGCAGCAAAUGAUACUUGCAAAGACAUGCGGACAACCAAUGAUUUCUAUGAUGUGUUCACUGUUUUUGUGUCCUAAGUUAAUUCUAGCCCCAGCCUUCAAUGCUGUCCUGAUACUUUACCCACCAGUGCAGUGAAGACAAAGUGGUGAAGUAGAAAUAUGUGGCCUAAUGCUCUGGGGGAAUGCUGGACUUCAUCUUUGUACUCUGUCAAAGCUACAUAGAACAUAGGACAGUACAGCACUGGACAGGCCAUUUGGCCCACAAUGUUGCACUGAUCUUGAUGCCAAUUUAUACUAAAUGUCCUCCUCCUGUGUAUCAUCCAUAUCCUGCCAUUCCCUUGAUAUUCAUGCAUCUAUCAAAAAGCCUCUUAAACUCCACCAAACUGCCUGCUUCCACUAUUACCUCUGGUAACCCAUUCCAGGCACCCACCACUCUCUGCGUAAAAAAUCUUGCCUCUCUCAUUGCUUUUAAACUUCCCCCCUCAAACCUUCAAAGCAUGGCCUCUGGUGUUUGACACUUCUACCUGGGGGAAAGAUUCCAACUGUUGAUCCUAUCCAUGUCUCUGAUUAUUUAAAAAGCCUUUAUCAGGUCUCCCCUCAGCCUCUGACGCUCCAGGGAGAACAACCCAAGUUUGUUCAAACUUUCCUUAUAGCCCAUAUCCUCUAAUCCAGGCAGCAUCCUGGUAAGCCUCUUCUACACUCUCUCCAUAGUCUCUGUGGUAUGUGCCUUGAGCUGUGACCCACAACUGCUCUGUUCCCACCCGCCCAAGAUGAGUUGCCCAACUUGUCUUUUAUUAUGGCCCACUGCCUUCCGAUGCUUUUUGCAAAAUGGUUAGGCUGUACAUUUCCAGACUGGGUGAAUACCAAUCAUUAGUCAAACUGCAUUUUUUGCCCCAUCUCCAUUUUGAAUCAAGAAACCAAAGUGCUGAAAGAAAAUAGGAAAAGGAGCACAGAUUCUGAAUGCCCUCAUGAUAUUUCUCCCUGUGGUAUCCAGGAAAUUCCUUUUUAAAUUCCUGAAAAUUCCUCGGCCUACCUUGUAAAGUCAUAUUCCCAUCUAUUGAUUUAGGCCAAAUCUUGCAAGGUGCUGUGAUGGCCAACUUUGAUUUCUGUUUUGAGGUGCUAAACAGCUGGUGUUUUGAAAUUUGUCAGUUGAGGGCUCCACCAAAGUGAAAGGAAGUAGGAUCUCCCCUCAAGCUAUUUUAAGGUCUUUGGAUUUCCCUGUCAUUGGUCUAUGAUGGUAACUCACACCGUAUUUCACAGAUAGAGGAAAAAUUUGCAGAAUAAUGCAGUGUCUACACUAAGGAUACUUCAUAAAAUGGCACCAAAGCAGCUCAUGAUGGUGUGUGUCCUGAAGAUGAACCUGUUCCUGUCCUGCUUCACCUGACCAUAUUCUUUUCUCCCUCAUAUUUAUUCAGAGUUUCCUUAAUACCACCUACACUACUCAUUUGGACUUUCCUUCGUGGCCGCACGUUCCAUAUUCUCUUAGUUCUCUGAUUUCCUCAAUGACUAUCUUACAUUUCCAUUCCUUAGUUUUGUUCUUCCCCCAAAUAAUUGUCUGUUUAGUUUCUCAUCAGUGCUCAUUUUGAUCUCUGUACUGAAAGGAAGAUGCAUUUGGCUUGCAGGAAGUGAAACUUUGAUAUCCUGGAUUUAUUCCUGCAAUUAAAGUGUGAUUGUGUGAGGAAUGAUUUGAACAGACUUUACCCAAUUGUGUUUAAAAAGAAAAUGAAAGGUAAUUUAUUAGAAACAUACAAGAUCCUUAGCAGGGUGGAUGCCAAGAAGGUGUUUUGCAGGUUGGAGAAGCAGGGUAUUUGAGGAUAAGAAGUCAGUCAUAUAGAAAUGAAAUUUCUUUACUCAGGGAGUGGUGAAUCUUUGGAAGUCUCUAUUCCAAGGACUCUGAACACUUAAUUGUUAUUUUAAAGGUUGAGAUCAAUAAAUUUUUGGACACUGAAGUAAUUGUGGGAUGUGAUGUGAUUACUUUAGUGUCCAAAAGGAUGAGCGACGGGAACAGCCGUGAUGAUAUUUUUGGUAACGCAGGUUUAAGGGUCCAUAUAACCUACUUCCAUAUCUUGUGUUCUUUCACUGAAACAAAGCUGGGUUUUGCAGUUUAAAUUCUCGGGGCUUGUUAAACACUCUCUUUGCUCUCGUGAUCCAAACUAAACAGGCAGCAGUGUGCAAGUUUGGUCGCAUAGCAUAUUCUCUUCCAACGGAUCCCCUUAUUGAAAAGAUAAAGAAAAUGUACAUUUGAAUGCCUAUAUCAGUCAUUUUUUAUAACCUUUUAAGUGGCCUAAGCAACUGGACACAGUUCUGGCCACAAAACAAGCCUGAGACAAAAAACUGUAAGUAUCUAUGGUUGUUAUUUAAUUAAUUGGGGAUAUUUUACCCUUCAACUAUUAAAUCUUAAGUAUAAAAGCAUUAAAGCUGGUUGCUUGAUGUGGCAAUGAUAUUAAAACUUUAAUGGUGGUAACGAUAAUUGAAAAGCUCUGUUUGUGUGUGUAAAGAUUCCAUAUUGCCUCAUGAGGGAACAUUUUUGGAAAAACUUUCCAUGGUUCCCUGAGUGCCAGUUGCAGGUGCAUAGUCUGCAUCCCAGGCAUGCCCACCUGAAGCAGGCAUCAAGAUCCAGGCAUUUGUGGGCCCAAGCUUUUAUUUCACAGCCUCUGCACAGAAUCAGGGAGCAAGGAGCUGCUGCAGAUGAAACCGCUUCUCACUAUAAUUUUUCCCCCAUUUAAGCAGUUCCUGUGGAGCCGAGGGAGCGAGAAUCUUCUACUGCUGUCUCACAAUCACACCUGCCCCACCACCAUAGCCUUCACUCCCACCUAGCCUCCUUCCCAGGUUCUCCUUCCCAAUCCCAGAACCUAACCUCUGAGGCUGCUAUCCAAGAUUGGAAUUCUAGAAUUGAGUGAGAUGCCUCUGGACGCCCAACAAGUGACUACAGUUCACCCAAGUGACUCUUGGGCCUCGCAGUUAGGUGGGAUAAACAGUCUACAUAGUUAGUUGUGUGCCUGUGCACAAUUUUUACCCUGGGAUGUUUUUGAUGAAAAUAUUCUUUAUCCUCAAAUGCUGCUUGAUUAAUUUAUGCUUUUCUUUAUAAAUAGGAACACACCAUUUGAAAUGAGUUCACUGAUAUAAACUUUUAAAUGAUAUGCCUUAGAAAUAUCUCUGUUCAGAUUCAGUUGACAGCAGUACACCCAGCCUGAGGUACCACAAGGAACAAGAUUGGCUAGUUUCAAUUCCGUAGACAAAUAUACAGCCCACCUACUAAUGCAAUGACAUCUUAAAAACAAAAAGCUAGUAUUUUCUUUUCAUUAUUUUACAAUUGAAAUACAACAACAACCCUUUUUUAAAAUAACGUUUAAACAGACACUUCCUAUUCUGAGUGAUUCUUGCAACACCAACGUGAUUUUUGAGCUAAGGAAUCACAAGAUGAUGGCAUUCCCUAUGCAUCAUUCUGUUUAUAAAGUCGCGGGACAAUUUAGACAAUAUUUUCCAGGGGUGGUGGGGGUGAGGGAGGUGCCUGUUGUUUGUGCUCUUCUGGGGCAACUUCAGCACCUGGUAUGUGACCUCACCACCAUCCUCCUUUCCCCCUCCCACACUAAAUGAACCCCACAAACACCCUGGCCUUCAGGAAAUUCAUUCACCCACUCAUCCCACCCCCAGAUCCAUCAUUCCACCCCCCCAACUCAAGGAAACCCCCAUCCAAUCUCCUGGCUUCCAACCCUUUCCUCCACAAUCCACCCUGGUGCUGGUCUGAUCCCGUUCCUCAUCCACUUUCUGCCACAACAUACAAAAUGCAAGAAGGUUGCUGGAGUGCCUGAGUAUCCCUGAUGAGUGCUGGUGAGAUCUAAGGAACCCCACCCCCCUUCCCAUGACCCCCCACAGGCCAAGUUGGACCUGUGGAUGAUUUUGGGAAAAGACAACCGGGUGAAAAGAGAUGCAAGGUCCGAUCUUUUGCAACUAGACUUAUAGCCUCAAUCACAACUGAGUUUUGACAUGGUGGGGUGAACCACCACAUCUUACACCAUUCAGUGUACCUUUUAAGGGAAACUAGAACUUCAAGGCAACAGAAGAGAAUGAAACUUUAUAAAAGAGGGUAAGAAAACCCAAUUUUAAAACUGACUUCCAAAAAAUAACCAAGAGAUAGUAACCUGGAAAAAUGUGUCGUAUUAAAGAUUCUUUUUUCCAGAAAGAUGAUUAGUUCGUUGAAGUCUGAGACUGUAUCAGAUUGUGCACAUUACAAAAUUAAGUGGGGAUUAAUUUUGAUACAUUCAAGAAAGCAGUCAACGUGACUGCACAAGAUUUGCACAAUCUCAUGAAAUUAAUAGUGUGUGGCCCAUAUGCAAAGACCACAAGACAUCACCACUUCCUCUCUGGAACUUCUUACUGGCAAAAUCUCCUGGGAACCAACAUGGUUACGUGGUUUCAGUUUUACAACCAGGCCCAUUGGCACUUGGUAACUUUUACAACUGUACUUUGAUGUCUAUUUGGUGAGCAACUUCCCAGGCCAUCUCAGUGCCAGGGAUCAAGGAGGUGUAGGCCUGAGAGGAGAUUUCACUGAGGUGUACAGAAACUUUGAGAUCAGGGGAACAGAAAUAACCUAUUUCUCUUAGCAGAGAGGUCAGUAACUAGGAGGGCAUAGGGGGAAAUUAACUGUUAUUUCACAGCGGUGGACAUCUGGAAAUCACUGAUUGAAAGGAUAGUGGAGACAGAAACUGUCCUACAUUUAAGAAGUAUCAGAAUGGGCCCUUUGAAGUGCUGUAAGCUUCCCAAAAUCUGGGAAGUGGGAUUAGCUGAGAAUCCAUUUUAAGUAGGUAUGGACGUGGUGGGUUCUUUCUGUGCAGUGGAUUUCUGGAAUUCCAUGGUAGGCUGCACUCCAUGCAAAGCCACCUGAAUAUGGAUCUCCAGAUAUGUAAAUAUGGGCCCCAGCUCCAGUUUCAGAGCCUGGACUUUAACAAAUUUACUUGUUUACAUUUUACUUUGCAUCCACCUCAUUUCAUCACCUAUUUUCCACCUCUGUUGCUUGUACCUGAAGCUGUUGACUCCUCCCCAAGGUUUGGUUCCAGAGCUGCCAGCUGCCUUUGAAGUAUCUCAUCCAGAUUGCUUAGCCUCAAUGGUCAGCUUUUGAGGACUAUUUGGCUACAGCAGCAUCACAUCCCUGCCCGAUCUUGGCAUCCACUCAAUAGGUAAAUCAGUGAAUAUGAUCAAGAGCAGCCAACAAUGCCAAUUUUCAAUGCUGGUUUCAAUGCUGAUGCCAAUUUUCAUUGCUGGCUUUAUGCAUGAAGAUGAAAACCUACACAGUUUCUAACAGUCUGUGAUAUUUGACUGCAGUAUGCUGUAGAGCACUUUCAAAACGAAAAACAAAGCUGACCUAAUAACUUUACUGCAUUAAAGACUAUGUAUAAAUGCAUGUUGUUGUUAACAAUUGGGAAAAGUUAUCAUAAAGAAAUUUAUCAUUGUGUUUGUGAACUAAAUGAUGGUGCCAGGGUUUGGCCUUUCAUCUUGAAUUACCUAGAAAAACAUUCCACCACAUUGUUAUGUGAAAAUGUACCUCAUGACUGCACUUUUUUUGGUAAGUUUUCAAACUUUCAUAACCAAUUGUAAAACCUUCAGUCUAGCAGAUAAAGGAUUUACUGUGCUGCAUUACUCAGUUCUGAACAGCUAAGACUCUUAAAUGGCCCGUUCAUGGCUGUACCACAUCCAACGUGUGGACAGAUUAAUUUAAUUGGAUUCAUACCUUCUACUUUAGAACUUUAAACAGCCUAUAAAAUGCAAAGAAAGUGCACAGAUGGACUGUUUUAUAUCCUUAAGCAGAUUGUUAAUAUCAUAACUGUAAAUAUUCACGUGUGCAUUGUGCAGUAUGUUGUUUUGUAAAGUCAGAUAUGUAGAU